AUGGCUUCGUUUUCAGCCAGCCAUGGCCCCUUGAAACACGAUACUAAUAAUUCUGACGCUGAUUCAUCCUCCUCGUCAUCGCCAUCCCCUGCGACUUCUACUGCCACUACUGCGGCCACCGCUAGGAUUGCGACGGGCCCUCCACCUUCAGCCGCACCGUCAUUGCAUUCUCGAGACCAUGUCGCGCACAUAGACACAUCGCAGACAAUAGAAACGACCCCUAAAGCGUCUGUCAACCGCUCGUCCUCCGAUUCUCGCUCCACCGUCGUUGCUGCGCAAAGAUUCGAGCUCCCUCGUACAGAAUCCGAAUCCCUCUUAUCCUCACCAUCGCCGUCCUUCCUUUCGCUGCGGUCGCUGACAGCCCCCAAUCAUCAUCCCUAUCGCCAUCGGAACGCCCUGUCCAGCGAUACCAUUCCUCACCAAACCAUCAUGAAAGCAAUCGCGUCGCGUCCGUCAUGGUCCGGCAGUGAUUCCAACAUGCCGCCGGCGGCAUCUCUCGGACCCCUCCCCUCCAACACAUACCCUAGUCCUCCUGCUGAGAAGGAAGAGCAACUAUCAUCGCAAAGUCUAGCUGCGGCGCUUAACCGUCUGCAACCGGAACAUGAGUUACUGGAUCGGUCGCUUGUGCUACAAUCGCCGUGCUUCUUUCAUCAGCGGUUUGAUGAUGCGGUCAAUAUUAAGAAGGUGCUCGAGGAGAUUGCGGAUGAUGAGUGGUUGUCACAUUCGCGCUUGGUACAGACUGCCACAGGUGUCAGGGAGGUGUCGAAGCAGUUACAGCGACGGCCCAUCAAACGGGCAGUCAAGAAUGUCAUGAUUGUCACCAAAGCGCGGGAUAACAGCCUGGUGCGCUUGACGCGUGAGGUGGCAGCAUGGCUUCUGUCUACACCACGAUACGGUAGUGAUCUGGGCGUGAAUGUGUACGUUGAUGCCAAAUUACGGAACUCCAAGCGCUUCGACGCGGCGGGUUUAUUACAAUCUGAACCGCGUUUUGCACAUAUGCUGCAUUACUGGACCCCAGACCUGUGCUGGUCAGCGCCUGAAAAGUUCGACCUCGUUGUUACACUAGGAGGUGAUGGGACCGUGCUGUUUACAUCGUGGCUUUUCCAGCGCAUCGUGCCACCGAUCCUCUCCUUCUCAUUGGGCAGCUUGGGCUUCCUGACAAAUUUCGAUUUUGAUGAUUAUAAAUCACACCUGAAUGCCGUGAUGGGGGACGUGGGUAUGCGGGUCAACCUACGGAUGCGGUUUACAUGCACGGUGUUCCGGAAAGACCGGAGCAAGGGCGCAGAAGCGGGUGCGGUGGAGGAAGGCGAACAAUUCGAAGUGUUGAACGAGUUGGUGAUUGACCGGGGGCCUUCACCAUAUGUCUCGAAUCUGGAGUUGUAUGCGGAUAACGAGUUAUUGACGGUGGUUCAGGCGGAUGGUUGUAUAUUCUCCACGCCAACAGGAUCAACCGCUUACUCCCUUUCCGCCGGUGGCUCUCUCGUCCACCCAUCAAUCCCUGGAAUCCUCUUGACACCUAUCUGCCCUCACACCCUCUCCUUCCGCCCCAUGGUCCUCUCAGACUCUUCACUCCUCCGCAUCGCAGUCCCCAUAAACUCCCGCUCAACAGCAUACUGCUCCUUCGACGGCAAGGGCCGCAUCGAACUCCGCCAAGGCGACUACGUCACCAUCGAAGCGAGCCAAUACCCUUUCCCAACAGUAGUUUCCGGCAACGGCGAGUGGUUCCAGAGCGUCCGCCGCGCCUUACGCUGGAAUACCCGCGGAGCCAUGCAGAAAGGCUGGAAUGGCCCGUCACCCGAUGAUCCCGACUUCGCAGUUGACGGGAACGAAGAUGAAGAGUGGGAUAUCGAUACGGAUGUCGGGUUAGGAGGCACGGAUAGCGGCGUUGGACCGAGUGAGGACGGAGAUGUUCCUACAAGUCCGAUUAGGAGGCAAAUGAGUUUGCUACAGAUGUAG